AUGGCGCGCCAGGACUAUGACAAGAUCAUCAAGUUGGCGUGCAAGCCGAAGAACGCCCCGCCAAAGUCCAAGGUGAGUACUCCCGUGUUCCCCCCCCCCCCUCUCUCUCUCUCUCUCGGUGCGGUGCUGACGGAACAGUAUCUCGAUGCCCUCAUCGCAGCGACGUUUGACGAACAGGCCCUCGUGGACAUUUCGCGCGCGCUGGGGACGCGCCUGCGUGACCCCAACCCCGUGGUCGUCUUCAAAGCGCUCCUCACGCUGCACCAGAUGAUGCGCGCCGGGUCGACGGACACGCUCCUUGGCCACCUCGCGCGCAACGACGUGCUCCGCCUUCGCAGCGUGCAGGGCAACUCGGACGGCAGCAACUACCGGCCCCCUUCCAACCUGUCGACCUACGCAUACUACCUCGACGCGCGGAUCCGCGGGUUCCGCGACCUGCAGCACGACAUUGUCUACUCGCAAAACGAGAGUAACAGGCGGAGCAACGGGCUGGGCGCCAAUUCCAAGGCGCGCCGCCUGCGUCACCUGGCCGUGGACAAGGGCCUGCUGCGCGAGGUCAAGCAGGUGCAGCGGAUGCUGGACGCGCUGGUCCGGUGCACGUUUUACGACGACAACCUAAACGACGAAAACACCGUCCUGGCGUUCCGGCUGUUGAUCAAGGACCUGCUGGUGCUGUUCCAGGCCGGCAACGAGGGCGUGUGUAACAUUCUCGAGCAUUAUUUCGAAAUGUCCAAGACGGACGCGACGGACGCGUUUGAGAUCUACAAGAGCUUUAUCAAGCAGACGGACAAGAUUGUCGACUACCUCGCCAUUGCGCGGCGGCUCAACAACGUCGUCAACGUCCCCGUGCCCAACCUCAAGCACGCGCCCACGAGCCUCGUAAAGGCCCUGGAAGAGUACCUCAACGACCCCAACUUUGAAAACAACCGUCUCGAGUACCGCUCCUCGCUCCGUGUCGUCGAGGGUAAAGGUGGUCGCGGGCGGUCGCCAGCCGGUGGUAAGGACGCUGCUGCAAAGGACGCGACCAAGACAGCAGACACGAACAAGGCCGCGUCCAGCUCGUCGCCCGCUCCCGCGGCUGCGUCGUCGUCGUCUGCGGCCCCGGCCAACCCCACCCAGCAAAAGAUCCAGGACUUCCUCGACUCGAUCCAGACCGACGCGCAGCCGACCAUCUUUGGCGGACCGGCGUCGGGCGUCGCCACCAUGGGGCCCGGGUCCAUGGGCGGCGGCAUGGGCAUGCAGAUGAACCAGUUUGGCCAGAUGCAGCCCAUGGCCACGGGCAUGCCGAUGGGCACGAUGGGGUCCGUCAGCUCGAUGGGCACCAUGAACAGCAUGCAGCUGCAUCCCGGCAUGCAGCAGCAACAGGCCAUGCAGAUGCAAAUGACCGGCGCCAACCCGUUCCGCCAGUCGAUGAUGUUCCCCCAGCAGACUGGGUUCAUGGGCGCCGGCGGCCCCUCGCCCUUCCUCCAGUCCCAGCCGACCGGUUUCCUCCAGCCCCAGCAGACGGGCCAGAUGGCGUUCCAGCAAGGCGGCAUGAUGGGCCAGCCCGACUUUAGCCAGCCGAUGCCCAACCAAGGCAUGGUUCAGCCGCAGCAGCAAAACUCGCUGCUGCAGCGCUCCAACACGUUGGCCCCGCAGCCCACGUCCCUCCUUCAGCGCUCCAACACAAUGUCCAACCCGUUCCGCCAGAGCACAUUCGGUUCGCCGGGCUUGAUGGUGGCCAACGGCGGCGGCGGCGGCAUGUUCCACUCCAACCCCGUAUCCCCGUACCCGCAGUCGUCCAGCCCCGAGCCCAUGGAGAUGAUGCGUCCGGGCUCCACCCCGGCCGCGGCGCCCGUCGCCAAGCCGCUCACGGCGCAGCGGACCGGUUCCAACAACCCAUUCGCGCCCCCGGGCGGCAUGCCCUUGCAGCAGGCGCAGCAGAGCGUGCCCAAGCAGCCGUCGAUGAACGACAUGGCCAACGCGCGCUUCCAGCAGCAGUUCGCCAUGGCAGGCGGUCUCAACCCCCAGCAGGUGCAGGCGCAGGCGCAGACCCAGACGCAGCCCCAGUUCCACUCGCAGCAGGCGCCGUCGUCCAGCGCCUCGGCAUGGGACCCGUUCGCGCCCGCGCCCGCCGCCCAGCCCACCGCCGCCGCGCCCGGCGCCAACGGCUCGGCCAUGUCGGACAUUGCGUCCGCGUUCGCCAUCGAUUCGAAGCCUGCGUCUGCCGCGCCGGCCCAGAACGACUUUAUGGCCCAGUUUGGCGCCCUGUCCGUCGGCACCCCGCCCGCGCUGCAGGCCCAGCCGACGGGCUUCCUCCAGCCCCAGCGCACAGGCUACGGCGGGUCCACCAUCAAGCCCUUCAAGCCCACGUCGUCGUUUGGCUCGACGCUCAUGGAGACGCUCCCGCCGAUCCCGGAACCCAACGGCAACGGCGGCGCGAACGGGAACGGCAGCGCCGUCCCCGCGCAACAGCAGCAGCAACAACAGCAGCAGCAGUCGUUCGGCAACGCGUUUGGCGGCGGCAUGGGGUCCGGCCUGGGCGCGACGCCGACCGGUUCGGGCCCCACCUCGCCGGGCGUCUUUGGCGGCAUGACGGCCCAGCCGACGGGGUUCCAGCCCACGUCGGCGUUUGGCCAGUCGCUCGCCCAGCAGCCCGCGCAGCAGCAGCAGCAGCAGCAGCCCCAGGCGCAGGCGCUCCAGCCGCAGACAACGGGGAGCAACCCGUUCCGCCAGUCGUUGAUGCCGGGCCACACGGGCGGCAGCGUCAGUGGGGCGUUUGGCGCCCCGAGUCCCUUUGGCACGACGCCCUUCGCCGCGAGCGGCGGCGCGUUUGGCGCCAACUCGCCGUUCGCAGGGCAGAACAUGGGCGGCGGCGGCGGCGCGUUUGGCCAGCAGCAGCAGCAGCAGCAGCAGCAGUUCCAGCAGCAGAGGCAGGCGAGCUUGUUCUAA